AUGAAACCAUCCAAAAUGAUUGGUGGCGAUUAUUCUUUAGAGCUGAAUAACAUUUUUCACACGGGCCAAGUAGAGCCGGCGUCGUGUUUCCAGAGACUUUUUGGAUCGGUACAAACCGGGCUUAUACUCAAGGAUAUCACACUGGAAGUUAGGGCUGGCGAAGUAAUGGCCAUUCUGGGAUCGAAAGGUAAAAUAAUAUUACUAUAUUAAAAUAUUGUUACCGGGUGUUAAAUACUUUUACAAUGGUAUUGUUGUUAGACGGACGAUGGUGUCAACAACAAAUAUGAUCAAAUUUGUAUUAUUUUUCUAUUUACCUACCAUUCUAACAAUAUUUGUAAUUACUAUAAUUCGUUUAUAGAUGUGGAAAAAAGGAUUGUAAACAAUGAGUGAUGAGUAUCGGCGUAAACCGAUAUCGUAUAACGGCCGAUAUUAAGGAUAUCGGACAUUGGGGUUUUUUUUUUUAAAAACUGAUAUUCGACUCGAUAUUAUUGGGAAAAAAGAUGUCUGAGGAACGAAAAAAGCGUUAAAAAUUGGUUUUUCAACUGAUAUGUAGGUAACACAUGAUUAUCAACGUGACGAUGUUAAAUAUCAGAUCGGAUAUUGGAUUUAUAACAAAAUAUCGGAUAUAGAAAUAAAGUUUCAUCGACUCACCACUAGAAAAAAUUACAUACAGUAUCUACUUAAAGUAGGUAGGUCACUGUUGUGGGUGAGUCACGAAAGCGCUGGUCACUAGUCGAAAUUUCAUUAUUCUAAUAUUGGAAACAACAAUUUAUUCCGUUUAUUUUAUCAUUUAACUUUUAUCAUUUUUCGAAAUUUUCAACAAAUUUUACAUAAAUAUAUAGGUAUGAUAACUAUGUAUGGUAUGAUGUAUAGGUAUGUAGGUAUGAUAUGUAGGUAAAUAUCUUUCAAAAUUAUCAAAACAAAAUACUCAUUUAUUGUUUUUAGAAUAUUUUAUUUACAUAUUUUGUACAUAGAUGUUUUAAAAAGGUGCUGUUAUUUUAAGAUUGUUUACUUUUUACCUUUAGGUAGUGGCAAACGAGCACUUCUAGAAGUCAUUGCCAGACGAAGUAAAGGACUAUCUCGAGGACAAAUUCUCUUAGACGGCAGGCCACUUACACAAGCUAUGUUCAAUCAAUGUUGUGCAUAUGUUGGUCAUCGAGCAGAUCUUGUUCCAUCAUUAUCCGUACAACAAACAUUACACUAUGCUGCCAAUUUAUCCAUUGGCUCACAAGUCAGUGGUUAUGUUAAAGACUCUAGGGUCAGACAAGUGUUGGCUGACUUAGCUCUCAGCCAAGUUGCUAGACACAGUGUAGAAGCUUUGACCGAGGGCGAGUACCGAAGACUAGUGAUCGGAACGCAAUUAGUUAAAGAUCCAGGUAAAAAUAAUUUCCUGAAAUUGUAUGAAAACCUUCACUUGGUAGAGAAUACGCUAAUAAUAUUUAUUACUUAUUUAUAGUAUUAUUGUUAUUGGAUGAACCAACCGCUGGAUUAGAUCCUUUGACUACAUACUUAGUCGUAUCAAUGGUCAGCAGUCAUGCUAAACGUAGAGGUAGGGCUGUGAUAUUAACUAUGGAAAAACCACGGUCUGAUGUUUUUCCGUUUCUCGAACGUGUUGCUUACCUAUGUUUGGGUGACUUGGUAUACGCUGGGCCAACUAGGAUGAUGUUGGAUUAUUUUCGAGCAGUUGGUUUCCCAUGUCCAGAAAUGGAAAAUCCACUUAUGUAUUAUCGUAAGUAAAAUACAUCUAUAGUUGUUAAUUAUUUAUACAUUUUUAAAAUUUAAGACUAUAUUAUACAAUUUAUAGUGAUAGCUUAAAAAGCUAUGUAAAUUUAAAAAAAAAAAAUAAAUACCUAUAGUAAAAUUGAAAUAAAAUGAUCUACACAUAUAAUAUUUAUGAAUAAAAAAGCCGUAAAAAAAAUUGAUAGAAUGGAUUUUCUUCUUCUAAAUAAAAUCGUUAAACAUAAUUUAUGUGGUACGUGAAGUACCAAUUAUAAUUAUAUAAUUUACAUUUAUGUCCUAUUUCGCGCCUUUUAAUUUUCUUUAUUUAUUAUUGAACCGAUAUUGUUUACAGUACAAAGAUACUGUAAACCGUACAUUCUGUAGGUACCGGCUGUAAAUACUCUACUUUAUUUUUCCAAUGACGCUAAAAAAAAAAAUUCCGUUAUUCGAUUUUCUCUGGACAGGAACAUUAUAUUUACAAACAAAAAAAAUCAAAUAAAUAGAAUAAAUACGUAAUUGAAGCUAUCAAAAUCGAUUACUAUUAUAAAUAUAAAUGCAUUUAAUGUCGAAUUUAAUCUUUCUCACACUUAAAUAACAAUACAAUUUUGCGAUUAGAUAUUAGAUUCAAAACUCCUAUUUCAAUCAAAUUAUUCGUUAAUUUAAAUGCAUACCACAGCGUCCACAGCUCUUCAACUAAACUAUCGAACAAUGUUCUUUUUAUAGUUCCGCUGAUGGAUUUAAUGGUAGGCGUAUGCAUAUACGUAUGUAUGCCCGAUUCCCCACUUUUAUUUAUUUAUGAUUUGCCUGACCAUCUAAUAAUACUGUAAAUAAUAAAUAUUCUACUUUUUUGAUGAUCCUGAAAAAAACCGUUAUUUUAUUUUUUUUUUAUUUUGAGAAAUACGUUUAACUAACAAAUACAAAAUCGAUAAAUUCGUUAACUGACAUGUUCACAUCAAAAUGUAUAGUCAUUUUUAACGUAAUCCCAAUCGAAAAUUUAUGACACGCCGACACUCACAAAAGGCGCAGUAAUAUGCCUGCACUAACUACCCAACAGUUGGCUGGUCCUUACGGGUAUAGUACUGGCCACAAUUUUAUCCAGUACUACUUUAGUACUGGAAAAUUAGUACUGGCGGCCAAUGUUAACUCGAUACUGGCAUAUUACAGGCUCUGAUUGAAUUGCGAGUAAGGGUCAGUCAGUGUUAUCAUCUCCAAACAUAAAGCAAAGCCAAAAACAAUUUUUCUACUAGAAAUUCUGCUCUGUAGUAUCACGUGUAUCAUCUUUUCUAAAAGGUCAUUUUAUCUAGUGGAUGCAUUGAUGAUGUCAUCUUUUGAUUUUCCAGGGGAUUUUAAAAAUAAUUGGGAAAAACCGGAAAAAUAAUUAUAGUUAAAACGGUAAAUAUUUACGGAAACGUGGUGUCCCGGUUUAAUUAUUUUAAUUUUUACAACUUAUGUUUUGUACCAGAAAUAUUGCUCCAAUAUAAAAAUUACUAAAAUCACUGCAUUCCUUUGCUUUGCUUUCUGUGAUGGCCGAAGACCGGUUAACCACUCCGGGCCUUUGCUGGUGGGGUGAUGUUGUUGUCUGAUUUUAUUUGUUUGGUUUGCUGAUGGCGACUAAGGCCGUGGAAGGACUAAAAUUACUAACAUUUUUGUUGCAUUUUUAAUCUAUUCCUGAAAAAGUAAUUCUUUUUUAUAUUUUCUUGGUAGUUUUUAAAAUAAUUGAGAAAAUAAAAAAAAAAGACGAAAAAUUACGCCAAAAUAAUGCGCAACAAUUUCAUUAUUUAAAAUUAUUAAGAUUAUAUUAUUCUGCCAGAAAUAUCUGUCCAAAUUUCAAGAAUAGCAUAUUUUCUUACUAUUAUAUUAUGAUAUUGAGUUUAGUGUAGAAUUUUUUUUUCAUAUAAGAAUUUUAAUAUCAAAUUUUGACGAAAAUCAUAAAUAUUACGGCAUUUCAAAACAUUUAUAACCGAAUUUUGAUCCGAAUUGUUGUUUGUUUGCAAUGGUUUAUAGUUUCGUUCAGAUAUAAGUUAAAUUCCCAUAUAUCCUACUUUCCCAAAUUUUCCCCUGUGGUCAUCACUAUAUGUGCACCUACGUCAAAUAUAAUUAUUUAAAUGAUCCCUAUAUGAAAAUAAUUUUCAGAAAUUAAUUGAAGUAAAUUAAAAUUACUUUAUAACGAUUAUAUUAUAAAAUAUAAACUAUUCUUUUAUUAUGUGGCUUUGAUUCCAUUAAUAUUAAAAAAAUAAUAAACAUAAUAAUAACAAAUAUGAUUAUACAAUUAGAAUAUUCGUAUAGCUUUAAAGUUAUAUGUAUCGUACUUUGAUACUAAACCGAUUGGAUCCUAUCCCAACGAAAUCUGUAAAAUUUAAACUAUAUUCUCGUAAAAUGUGAUGAUAUUUUAUUGAUAUUUAUACGGCCUAAUUAGUAUUAAAAAUAGUGUGUUAAUAAAAAGUGGUGGCAUAAACUGUAUUAUGAGACCGAUAAGGUGUGCCGGGGUCCAUGCCCCCAAAUACGGGUCCGCUUACCCAGAAAAGAGAGUGUGUAUUAUACGAAGAAUGAAAUAAAAUAGUUCCUGUACUGGUGUCAAAAUGAUCAACGAAAUGGUCGCGUAGGAUUACCGUAUAAUAUGGAUAACAAUAUUACAAUGCUAUUGUAAACAUAUUUUAUGCAAAAUCGUAAAAUUAUUAUGAAUAUUAAUAGGAUGUUAUAAAUUACAUAAGACUAAACGUUAAAAUGAAUUACCGGAGUUCAUAAUCAUAAUAAUAAUAAACGUAUGUAUGAGUUUACACGGCCAAUAGAUUCGCGUGUUAAAAAAAAAUAAUAUAUUAUUAUAAUAUGCAUGUAAGUACUUCAGUGUGUCGGGUGUAGGUGUACUAGUACAAAAAUAUUAUCGUUUUUUCUGUAAUAAAUUGUAGACGAUUCGUUAAAUUAUAACCCUCGUACAUAAUCGUAUAUUAUUAUUUUAUAAUAAUACGAAAUUUGUGUUUCGUUUGUUUCUUUUUAUUUACCGUAACGACUAACAAGUAGGUAAGGAAGUGAGAUAUAUGCAUUUAAUGUGUUUAAUUGAUAAAUUUCAUAUAGCAAUAUAUAUAUCAUUCAAAUACUAAUAAGCACCAAUAAACACCAAUAUGUCAUACCUCUCUUCUUUUACCCUGGUUUAGCCUUGGUUAGCCCACCUCAUUUAACAACCAAUACCCAUUCUUCUUAUGUCCAUUGAUUUUGGAUAUUUCCAAACCUCUAAUUCGAAUUUCUAGUAAUUCCAUAUAAAUUUGAUUACAUCUUCCAAUUCUGUUCCGUGUUUUCCUGGAGGUCUUUUUCCACGACGAUUCAGUGUCACCGCCGCUUUUAUUAGCUCAUUCUGACUUCUACAAUCACCAUGUCGUGUCCAUUGUAAUCUUCUCCUUUUUAUUACGUCUUAUAAAAUACUUUUACUUUCAAAUAAGACCUCUAAUACUGCAUUAUACUAUAUCCAUGUGCAUCCUUUGAUUAACACAAAUCAUUUUGUAAAAGUACCUAUAUAUAUAUAAAAAAAAUAAUCAAUAAAAAUUAUUUUUGUAUGAUUAUAAGUUAUAAUUUCAACCACAUGGUAUAUGAGAUGCGGACAUGAUUACAUGAGACAUGGUCUAUGAGAAAUAGUUUAAUAAUCAGUUUUGAUCAUUUUCUGUGUACUAUAUUUACAUAAAUAUUAAAUUCUAUAUGAAAUGUCAAUCUACGAGCGUGUUGAAUGGUACGAUUAAAUUGAAUUCUCACUAGUUUUUUUUUUUUUUUUUUUUUUUUAAUGAAGAUGUUAUCAUAUAAAUUUGUGAGAAAACUGAGUAAACUCGUUUCAUAAUAUUUUAUAAUAUGUAUAUUGUAGAACGGUAAAUUAAUAAUUACUGUGAAAAAACUUACGUUUUAAAACACGUCGUAUUUUACAAGAAUCGAAUAACAAAAUUACAAUAAUGGGUAAAGGCAGGGAAUUUUUAAUAAUACAAAGAAAUGAAUAUGGUACAGGUUUAUUAAAAUACUCGUGAAAAACGACCUAGAUAAAUAUGAAAAGAGGGAAAAUUAAAAGUUACUCGAUUAUAUAGGAGUCGUGUCCAAUCUACGGCGAUUAUUUUUACUAAAAGUAAACACUCCCCGUAAAAACCGUCCGUUUGAAUUUUUUUUGCUAUCGUAUAAAGCCUACCCAUAUAUUUUAUACUCAAUAAUAUCGUAUAAUUAUACAUUUAUUUGUUACGGUGGACAAAUAAAAACUACAAGGUUGCAGUACCCAUUUUUUUAUCUAUAUUAAAAUACACGUAAAAUUCGAAGUAUAUAAUGACAUAUCUCUUAGAAGUUAUAAUGAGGUUUACGUACCUAUUAUACUCGUAAUUUAAUAAUAUUUCGGCAAAAAAAAAAAAAAAAAACAACGAAAUGUUUACAGAAGGCACAAUUAAAAAUGCGCAUAAUUUCAAUGAGACCACGUCGCGUCGCGUAAACUAUCUGUAACUAAUCGUCAAUAAUAAUGUGUUCAUUGAAUACUUGUGUAUAUAUACAAGUACAAUAUGUCGUACAAGACCGUAGAUAAUAUGGGAAAUGAAUACAUAAGCAUAAACAAUAUAUUAUAUUAUAUAGUCACGGAAGCCCCACUCGUUAACGUCACACACUGUUUGUCGUGCGCCUAUACAAUGCGAGUAUAAUAUUUUUAUUAUGUUAUUAAAAUCGACGAUUAUUUAUUAUUUAUCAACGUUUUAAAGCUAUAUAAAUAGAUAUUUCUUACGUUUUUAUCAUAAUAAUAUGUAAGGGUCAAUGGUCCGUAAAAAAUUGACGGUAAUCGUGAAAUUCUGGCCGUUUACAUAAAUAUAAUAUAAAAUGUAUAAUAGUUAUUAUUGUUGAAGUGGUUUUUUUUCUGAACUCUAUUUAUCACAAUAUUAUUAUUUAACAAAUCGCAAACCUAUCCACGGUCCAUAAUCGUGUCGUACCUUGAUAUUGUUAACAUAGUAUACCUAUUUGGAGCGUAUAAUGUGGAUGUGAAAUUGAAACGUGUGUCAUGAGUAGAACAGAGGACUUCUAGAAUUUGCAUAUUUUUUUUGCACAACCGUAGAAAAAAUUUGGUCAUUGUUUGGCAUGAAAUUGAAUUAGAUGUUUUUCAAUCAUUAAUAUGUUGUAUGAAAUCAUUGGAAAAAAAAACCUGAUGGACAUACUUCGCACCACGGGUGGGCCACUGUUAUAGGUGAGAAGUUAAGAAGGUAGGAUAUAAAGGGAAAUUUAACUUAUGUCUGUUUGCAACGAUAAAUGCUAACGGGAAACAAUUCUGAGUGGAGUUUGGUCAAUAGUAUUGCUUUUUAAACAAUGUGCGUUUUCACGACGACGACGAUUGUUAAAAAAAAAUUAAAAGAUUUUAAAAUGAUAAUAACAAUAAAUAAAUAAAAAUGGUUGUUAACGAUAACCUUAUUUAUAAUCCUUUAAUUCUUUUUUUAACCCAAAGAACCAGUUUUUCCUCACUAUCUCGAAUGUUAAUAAGAAUUUCAAAGAAAAUACCUAUAGUAUACCAAAACGAUUACUGAGAGAGUAAACUAAAGUGAAAAUGAAACAAAAAAAGUCUCUUGUUAUGUUUUGAAGCAAGUUGUCUAGGAAAAAUUUUAUACACAGUAUGAAAAUGAAAAUAAACAACACUUCACUCAGAAUCUAAAAUAAUUAAAGCAUAUUUUUAGUGUAUAUUAAUUAUAGGGGUUUUAAGUGCAUAGGUGCCGGCAUGUUUAGUGUUUUAAUUUUAACUACAUUGUCAUAGACACGAUUACAUAUAGUAUCGAAAGGAAAAAAUAUGAAGCUUUUAAGACGUGGUGCCGGAGGUGUAUGAAAAACACAAGUUGGAUACAGAGGAAAACAAACGAAGAGAUAUAGUAUAGGAAUUUUAAAAGAAAAACGUGCGUUCGUGGCCCGAUAUGCCCAAAAGUGCUGGUAUAAUAUAACUAUUGAGGGCACGAUUGCUGGGAAGAGAAUUGCGGUGUGACCUCGUAACUCUUAUAUUAUGUAUUGCAUAGGACACAUUUUAAAUUACGUAAGAUUUAAAACGUUUAAAAAAAAAAAAAAACUAAAACUAAAAGAAAAGGCGAGCAAUCGAUUAGAAUGGAGCAUUAGAGUUGUAACAAAAAAAAAAAAAAAAAACAAUUUUAUUGUAUAUUGCAAUAAAUCAUAUCGCUGAUCUCGGCGUCGAAUGUGGAACACCGACGAAUUAAUGAUGAACAAUAUUAUAAUAUCGCGUAGAUUAUUUCAUUGGUAAACCGCAAUAAUUUGUUAUCGUUGAUUGUUACAGUCUGCUUGUCUACGGUCGAUCGGCGAUCGCGCGAAAGGUUCGUCGAGUCCAACGCACAGAUCGUGGCACUAGUGGAAAAGUUCAAAAUGGAAGGGGCGCCGUACAGAAAAUCGUCCGCCAUGUCCGUGCUCCUCGGAUCGCCGGCUAGUGACCACCAGCCCAACUCGCAUCCUUACCCGUACUCCGCCCAGGGGUCUUCGACCACACAAAUCGGCAUGACUCUCUACCAGUGAGUGCUAUGCCCCGCUAAAAUAUAUAAUAACAAUAAUAAUAAUAAUAUAUUAUCCGAAAAAUAGUAACGCAAAAAAAUAACAAUAAAAUAUUACUGCAGUAUGGAUACAUAUCCGGCACGUGUAUAUACAUAAAACGGCUGCGUAUACAUGUAUAACAACAAUAAAACGAAUUGAUGCUUUUUCGCGGUCCACCGAAUAAUAUUUAUUGUAAUUGAUUUUGUCGUUUUAUUUUUUUUUGUGUAUACCCUCGAGGAAUAUAAAAAAAAAACGACAUUAUUUUUACCACAAGCCAUUUUAACCCGAUAUGUUUUUAUUUUUUUUUCAUACCGUAUUAUUUUUGAUGUUUCUCGCUUUGUCGUGAUAUUUCAAUAACCUUUUCGCGGUUAUAAUACAAUAAUCGGAUAUAUUUUUCGAAACGUAUAAUAUAUAAAACGCCAUCGAUUUAUAUACAUACUUAUUAUUAUAAACGACGGUGCUGAAUCAAAACGAAAUGUGAUAGUAAAAAAGACGGACAUACUUCGCACGAUACAUGGGUGGGUCACUGUUGUAGGUGAGAAGUUGGGAACGUAUAUAGGAUAUAUAGAGGGGAAUUUAAUGUAUAUUCGUACGCAACGAUUAAUAAGCUAACGUAAAACGAUUUCGAACGGAGUUCUGUUAAACAAUUUGUUUUAAGAGGCCGUAAUAUUUACGAUUUUCGAACAAAUUUGAUAUUAUAAUUCUUAUAAUAAAAAAAAAAAAAAAAUACUACAUUAAACUCAAAUUUUUCUUAUCGACCACUAAGUACGAAUUAUAAUGAACCUCCUGUUAAAUAUUCAAAUAUUUCUGUUUGGUCUAACAAUUUUAUCCACAGAGUACCUACCUACUACCUACCAAAUAAAUAUAACGUAAAAAAAACUAGCAAAAUUAAAAUGAUUAUAAAUAGCUCAAAAAUGGGUCAAAUGUUUUGAAAAUUUUACCGUAUCUAGAAAAGGCAAAGGUACGAGUUAUAACCUGUACAAAUUUCAAGUCUCUACGAACAUUUCGAAUUACAUAAAAGAAAAAAAAGAAAAUUGAAAAAAAUAAAAGCAUUAUUUUCGUAAAUUUUCCCGGUUCUUCAUAAUUAUUUUGAAAACUGCUUGAAAAAUUGACCUCCUUAAAGUGCCACUCCAGGAAAAUUUCCUUUCAAAAAACUACUACACUUGAAAAUCGGAGCGAAAUUUCUGGUAAAACUUUUUGUAUACAGUAUAAAAAAAAAACAAAUAAACAUCAUUGUAACACCAAUACAUUCCUCGUUUCGCUCAGAAUCUAAAAUAAUACCAGGUAUACAAUAUAAUCGGAUGUACAUAUAAAAUAACAAUAUACAUAAAUAAAAUCGUAACUGUUAUUUUCAUACGCCUAUAAAAUUCGAUUUUUAUUUCAAUUCGUGUAUAUGUUGAAUACCUCCAUUUUUCUAGAUAUUUAAUUUUAGAGAAAAAAAAAUAUCCAUUGUGUCUGAGUAUUUUACGGUAUGUUUACUGAAAGUAAACGGUCGUGUAUACCGUAUAACACAGAUAUUUAGUUAGUACCGUAUUUACGGACUUACUCUUAAGCAUCUUUCAAUAACACGUUUAUAGGUAUAUAGAAAGCAACAGAAGAUUUAAGGUAUAUUUUGUUCCUUACAAAAUAAAAAAAACAACAUUUUUUUUCUCGGUAAAUACUGUUUUGAUUAGUAAAAUAUUGUAAAAAUGAUUCGAUUUUUUCAAGCAUUCACAUUUAUAAGAUGAUUCAGUAGUUGAUUUGAAAUAUUUUUUGACAUUUCCAACAGUUAAAAUAUUAUACAUUAUAUAAUGCAUAAUUAUGCAUUAUCAUCGUAUAAUAUCGAUAAUUUAAACCCUUCCAUACCCGUCGUAAUUUAAUCUUGCAUCUUUUUUAACGCAUAUUCUUAAAAUACUAUUUUGUCAUUUGACCCCAAUCUGUCCACGGUCCACCUAUGUUCGAAAUUUCGUAUCUCUCCGCAACAUUGAUGUCAAACAUUUGAAGUAUCGUAAUGUUUUUUUUUUUUUUUUUUUAAUCAGCUUUUCCUUAUUUGCUAAAAGAAGAAAGGUUAUAGGAAUUUCAAAAAAUGAUCUCCCGAACGGACUUGAUCAAAAACAUACGACACCAAUAUCCAUUUCUCGCUCCGCUCAGGAUGUUAAAGACGUUCAUAAUAUAUUUUACAUUUUAUAUAAUAUGUGUAACCUCAAAACGUCCUAAAAUAAUUUUGCGGAGCAAAUUACGUCAAUUUCUUACCUUUAUGGCUUUAGAUGCUUAAUCCAUCCGACCGUAUCACUGUUAUUAUACGUUAUUACUUAUGUAUUACCUAAUAAAAAAUAAAACGGGUAUAUUAUUGAUAUCUAUACACAGUUGGUUAAAAAAAAAUAUAUCCUAUAAUAAUAUUUAUAAAUUACAUUCGAAAUUUAAUUAGCCGAAGGUUUUCUUGGCCCGCCCACUAUUAUAGGUACCUAUAGGUAGCUAAACCUAUAAUAGAGUAGACUAUAAAAGCUAUAACCUACCUAUUUGUAAAAAAAAAAAAUCAAAAUUGUCAUUGAACAGAUCGUAUUGAAACUAUUAUUAAUGUAAUAAUAUAAUGGUACCUUUAUCCAGCUGUACCUACUGAUUUUCAUAAUAAUAUCGUAGAUUAUUACACCAUUACUCGAUAGUCUCGAACUCUCCGACGACCUCGUAUCGCCGUCCGUAGGUAGGCACCUACCUGUAGUCAGUGAUGUUUUCUCACCAUUUAACUUCAAGCUUUAUUACACGUUAUAAUUGUUGUAAAUCGACAUCGACUGCAGCCGCAAUCUCUUUGCACAACUACGUAAAAUCUAUGUCGUGUCAACCGAAUUGUUCUGAUUUCUAGUGUAAUUUUCAUAACCGUGCACUACUGGCUGAAAUGUUUUCGUAUUACCUAUACUAUAUACCUAACUGCAAUGCUAACGCGAUUUUUAUCUAUAAUUUCUUUUUAUACUCUUACGCAACUAUACUAUAUAUAAUUGGCUCGACACGAACGUAUGAAAAAAAAAAAAAAAUCUAGUAAAAACUAUAGGAUAUAAUAAUAACAAUAAUUGUUAUUAUAGUGAUAAAUUGGACUGCGCAAUACCGGAACAUACGCUGUACAUAACUGCGUUAUUUAAUAUCCUAAUGUGCCUACCCGUGUUCGUUUAUUUUUGCACGAUUUUUGUAUAACACAAUAUUAUUAUAUGUGUUUAUUAUUUAAUACGUGUAUUUGAACUCAUUAAAAUUAUCUUCUAUGAUAUUAUUUUUAUACAGACGUCAAUUUGCGUCCACUUUUGGAUGUUCCUGGCAAGCACUGUUUUACUUGGCGGCUCGACUUAUCGCUCUGCCCGUCGCUUUCUUGUUGAUCUGGACGUUUUACCACGACAUCAAAGUGAGUUUUUCCGCGAAAUAUUUUAUCGUGGUUCAUCGAUUCCAUAGUCGUGAUUAUAAUAUAUUUAAUAUUUAUUUGCGUUGUCAUCAUAAUAACAUAUUUUAUAUUACCUAUACCUGAAAAAAAAAACAAAUAGGACUAUCAGACAACAUUCAUGUCUCGGAGCGGUCUGUUGUUAACGUGCAUAACAACGACGUAUUUGACGUCGAUAUUUACUACGGCGUAUACGUGUAAGUAUAUACCUGUCUAUUAUUAUUUAUACAUAUGCUAGUUGGACCGUAUCUUAGACACAAUAGUUGUAUCUUGAAUCUUUUGAUGCGAUACAGUUCUGAAAAAUAUCGAGUAACUAUAAAUACUCAUUUUGAAGUAUCUCGUCAGUCCUUGCCUACAGGAAAAAAAUAAUACAAUAUUUAUAAAUUUUAAAUAUGCAAACGUAGAAACCCAUUAAAAAAUCUUACGGAAAAAAAACUUAACUAUAUUCAAUCUGAUAUCUAUAAUAUUUACGAUAGAUAGAUAAUAUUAUUAUACGGUAGCAUAUAUAUGUAUGGUAUUUCGAUUAUGCCGAAAUAAAUUAUGAUAAUACGUAGGGAAGUAGAGACAUUAAAUCAGUUGUCAGUACUUGGCUAGUACUUGUGUAAAUAAUAACAUGAAAAGGACCUCGUAUAUUGAUCAAUUUUAAAAAUUUGUAUUGUUUCUUGAUGGGAAAUUGUAAACCGUAAUAUUUUUACAGUUAUAAAAUUUAUUGUAUUCAAUUUAGAAAGUACAAUAUUUUUCCAGGUUUAAAGUUUACUUUAUUUUUAUUUUUACUUUCAUCGUAACUCGUUUGCCCCGUCACAAGCUCAGAUUCUUGUGGUUAAACUACCUAUAUCAAAUUAAAAUUUAUAUCCAUGCAAUUAUUUCGUAUACUUUUACUAUACAUGUUUGAUAUAAAUAAAACACGAAUAAUAAAAAUAUAUUAAGAGGAUUUUACAAGUACAUUUUUUGUUUCCGUCUUACAAACGCAAGAUGUAGUAAAAACAUGCUUACGCAGACUACACAAAACUAACUUGGUUUUGGUUUUAGAGUAAAAGCACCUAUUAUAAAAUUAAUAGAAAACAAUAUUCCGGAGAGCAAGACAUUACGUUUUUUUUUUGAAAAAAUUAUUUUUUUAACAUUUUUAGAAAUUAAAAAAACCCUGAAAAAGUCAUUAUUUAUAAACGGUAAAUUGACUGUUAUAUUCAGAGAUAAUGGAAAAAAACGCUGCGUCUUGCCUUCCAGAAUAUUGUUGUCUUUUGAUUUUAUAAUAGGUAUAUUUAUUCUAAAACCAAAAUUAAUCGAGUUCUGCGUAGUCUGCGUAAGCAUAUUUUGACUAUAUCGUGCGUUCGUAAGACGAAAACACAAAUGCGUCUUGUGUACCGUUCUCUUAAUUAUAGUAUUCUCGCAAUUGAUCAAUAUUUCGAGAUAUCUAUAGAAAAUUAAACACCAGCCUCUUUGCUUAAUAAUAAUAAUAAUUUAAUUUCCAUUCGUUUAAUGAAAAUAUUACCUAUUUGGGUCAUUGUACUUUUAACCAUACAAUAUAAUAGUUUACUUUCUUUCUUUCUAACGAAAAUCAACAAAAUCAGGUUUCGAACAAAUUCGGGCAAAUUAUGAUGGCGAGUUAUAUAUUGAUUGAGUUUUUGGAUAGAUAAUUAUAAUACGAUCACAUGACACGAUUAGAAUAUAGAUUAGGCGUAGUAAAAAAAUAUACAUACAAGAAUAAAACAAUAACAUACUCGGUAAUACAAUAUACGUACUUUCUUAAAAAAAAAAUUGUUCGGUAAAUUAAUUUUUAAGCACACCUGUCAUUAUAGUCAUUGUACCUAUUAUUAUCAGCGUUCGCUAAUAAUAAUAAAAUUGAAUAAUGACUAUUAUGAUAUAUAGUUUCACUUCAUAUUUUUUUUCAAAAAUGAAAUUCGUAAAAGUGAUAGGUUGGUGUAUUUUUCAGGGGCGGCUUCAGAGGGGAUAGGGGCCGCGGCUCUCUCAAGCUGGUAUUUUUGUUAAAAAUAACUAUACAAAAAUAAAUAAAUUAUAUACUAUUAAAUACUACUAAAUUAAAUACUUUUCGAGAUAACGAGUGACAUACGAUAUACUGAUCACUCUGUAUACUACGAAGUAUAAAUAAACUUAUAAAAUAUGUUUUUAAUACAGUUUCCUGAAAAAUAUGACUUUUACCCUUCCCCCUCUCAACCAAGUCUGGAGCUGCCCCUGGUAUUUUUAAGAAAACUAAAACUCUAGUAUGAUAUAGCAUCACUAGUAUCGGGGACGUAUUUAGUCGGUACGUACCUAUAAAUUAUCAUUUAUAUAAUAUCGGCAUGAUACGCUAAAACGGUUGGGUAUACCAAACUAAAGAUCGACCGCAUAAAAUUCCAAUAAGUAACACUAUAAUUACGAAACCUGAUUUUAUUGUAAUGUCGCCUGAUGUGUCAGAGGGAAAAAAACAAACUACUCGUUUGUUAUGACGUCAUUUUAUAAAAUGUUGUAUAUUAUACUUGUAUUACUUAUUAUGUAUAAUGUACGGCAAGUAUGCAUAUGUUUAUUCUAUUUAAAUAAAACUUUUUAGUGUUUUUAUUGUACCCAUGCUCGGUAUUUACGUUUAAAAUACAGACGGAACGUUGUUUUUUUUUUUUUGGUACUUGUAAUUAAGAUGGAAAACAUAAUAUGUAGCGUAGAGAUUACUGUUAUUGUUAUUAAUAAUUACACAAAUUAUAUCUAAAAUAUCUGUAUAAGAGAAAGUUGUUUAUAAAACCAAAUUUUUUUUUUUGAUGGUUUUUGAUGAUUUAGACGCAUUUUUUAUGCGUGGCCGCGCGGGCAUAUCUUUGUAUUAUGACAUCAAGACAAAUAGAUUAAUAUCUUUGACGUAGUUCGAAUUGCGUAUCGGUUAUAAUACGCCGACGACUGGCGCCAAUUUGUCAUUAUAAUAUUAAGAAUCCUGUGUAAGAAAUAUUUUUAAUGGCGCCUACAACAGCUGCAUUCCUUCCAAAUACGGUCAAAAAAUAUGUUAAAAACGCAAAUGAUUACUUCCCAUAGUGACUGCGAUCCUGUACAAAGCAAAUAUUUACGUAUUAUUCGUCGUCGGUCUUACGGAAAAAUAUCAAUAUCAAUCAUUUGGGGAGAACAAAUCUGGCAUUUUCUUCGGUCUAACUAUUUAAGCCUUAUCUUAUGUUGGCAUUUUGAUUGAUCCUUGCGGAUUUUUGGGACCGAGAAAAAAAAACAAUCAAAAUAUCCGCAAAUGUUUCAUAUAAUACAUAGGUACUUUUCGUAUGAUGCCCUCACACAUAUAGGAAAUCUACGAUCGAACAUUCAGUUUUCAAUAAUACAGUAAAUAAAUUAUCAGUCAGUAAAUUCGACAAGUUUUCCUUGGUUUACCAAAGUACUGAAAUGACGCAAAUUAGGUACGCUAAUUAAAACGUAAACUAUUGCGUUAGGUAUAAAUGCAAAUUAGAGUUCAAAAACAAAUAAAAUAUAAAAAUGAGACUAUUUCCGAGGAAUGUACGCGUAGUUUUUUUCUAAGAGUAAAUAUCACAGUAAAAAGUUGUAGCAUGUUAGAUUUUGUUAUUGUUUUUUUUUUUUUUUUUGUUUUUAAAUAGCUGUAACUUUUUAUAAUGGAAGUUUUAUCUUUUCUCUAAAUUGUUAAGAUUCUGAGCGGAGCAAGGAAAGUAUUGGUUUUAUAAUGAUGUUUAUUUUUUUUUUCUAUAUGGACAACUUUCCUACCACUAAUUUUGCUCCGAUUUUCAAUGAUAGCGUUUUUUCUAAAAGGAAAUCUGACUGGAAAGGUACUUUAAGGAGGUCAUUUUUUGAUUUUCCCAGGAGUUUUCCCUACAAAUGAGAAAAACCGGGAAAAACGUAGGAAAACGGGAAAAUAGGUACAAUAUUAAACAAAUAUUAUUAAAGAAAAUGUACAAUGCAUAUGUAAUUAUUUUACCGUAUUAUGAUAUAUAUAUAUAUUGUUGACAAAACAACACUAUUAACCGAACUCCGCUCAAAAUCGUUUUUUCGUUAGCAAUGGAUAAUUGUUGCUUACAUAUAUACAUUAUCUAUAACAGUGGCUGCACCCGUCUAGGACAGUUUUUUCAAAUUUGUUUUCAAACUCUGAUUUCAACCUUAACGUUCUCAGUAACGUAAUUUUGCUGUUUUCUGCAGCAUAGAUUAGUAUAUUAUUAUAUUUUAAUCUAUGGCGUCUUGUUGACUGAACGGCGGCAAUUUCUAUCAUUAUUUAAAUCUAAAAUCUCGUACUACCAAUAUUAAAAUUACAAUUACAAUAAAUUUAUGAGUGUGUAUUAUUAUGCUACUACAGUCUAUAACAGGUUUAAUUGAUAGAAUCGUAAUGCUGAGUACGAUUAACUAUAUUUAUUUUGGUAUAAAUGGCCAUAAUAUGAAUUGAUUUAAAUGUAAAAAUUACAUGGUACACAACAUAGUAUACGAAUUAUACGCGGUAAUUCAAUUUACAAUAUUUAUUGCUAUUCCGAAUUUUCAACUAUAAAUGUUCAGCUAAAUAUAAUAACCAGCGACUUUAGCCAAUUAAAGCGCAAUUAUUAUAAAUAUAUUAUAGUUGAAACAAAAUAUAAACUGCAUUUUGUUAACCGAGCUAAAUAUUUCUUUCCGCGUGUCCUGCAAUAACGCGGUUUUUUUUUUUCUCGCAUUCCACAGUCGCUCCUCACAGGACGCGGUACUAUCAGGAAAACCAAGACGGCACGUACAACGGACCACUUUUCCUCGUCAGCUAUUAUACUUUCUCGUUGCCGCUCGCUUUUCUCACCGUGGCCGGAUCGUCGGCCAUAUUGUACCAGUAAGUGUCACGCGCGCUAAAUUGCCCCGGACUGUCAAUGGCAAAUUAUACACAUUAUAUUAUGUAUAAUAGUAAUAUUAUAUUGUAUAGGUAUAAUUGUAUAUAACCGUACAGGUCGAUUCUUUGAUCACGAACCGGCGAUUAUAAUAAUAUUAUUCUUCGAUUUCGAGUAAAUUUGUUUGGUUUUUUUUUUUUUUCAUCUCUCUGUUCAGUCGUCAUUAUAAUAUAAUCGUUUAAUAAUAUUACGUACAAUGCACUAUAGGUACAUUUUACAAUAAUUUUGUCGAAAUUUAAAAUCACUACUGCGCGCGUGCAAUCUUAUAAAUACCAAUAAUAUAUUAAAUCGGAUACAUGUUAUCAACUGUAGCAAUAAUUUCCAAAUACUAAUACCGAACAACCAAUAUUUUCAAAUUCCGAAUCGAACGACAGAAUAUGAAAUAAUCAUCAUCAAACGAUUCUAAUGUAUGAGGCACCUAUUGCACUUAUAAUAUAAUAUUGCGAUUGGAAAAAACCAAAAUUAAAUUUAUUUGUAAUUUUCCAAUAGAAUAUAAUCGCUGGUUCGCGAUAUUAGACAAUCGCGCAGCGUAUCGAUUAUUAUCUAUAUUUAAUAUGGACAUUAAACAUAAUAGCUGUGUUAUUUUUAUCGUUACCCUCACAGGCUGAUGAAAUUCAACAACUUGACGGAAUUAAGCUUGUUCGCAGCCGUUAUGUUAAGCUGUUACUUGUUUGCCGAACAGAUGGUCAUCGCCGUCAUGGCCAUUUCCAAAAACGCUUACAACACCAGCGUAUUUUGCAUAUACGUCAUUAGCUUGACCGUCGUGUUGGGCAGUGGGAUGCUAAGGUGAGUACUUACUAGAGGUUUCGAUUAAAAACGUGAAAACGAAGUCCGUGUACGUGUGAAUGAAAAAUGUGUACUCGCGUAUACGUUUUAAUACACGUGCCUACCUGUCACACGUGAAUUUAUUAUCCGUGUUCUCGUGUUUUAAUGUUAUGUGAAUGUCCGUGUACGCGUCAAUAAUUGCACGUGUACACAGAUUUGUAUGAGGUACAAGGUUUUAUAGAUUCGAAUGUGAAUUUCAUGUGAACACAUAAAAACGGGUACAUGUGAAAUAGGAAGUUCUAUUACCUACCCAGUGGCGUACCUACCUGUGAAACGUUUUUGAGGGGUGCAUAUUAAUUGAACAAAGUGUCUGGAAUCAAAAUCUAAAUUUCGAUUUUUACUGCCAGCAAAUAAGUCAAUCAUUUCAUUUCAACUUAAACUGUUCUAUGUGUAUGGAUAUUAAGCAAGCUAAUUCAACCAAGCGUUCUUCACCCAUGUUCGACCUCAACCAAGUUUUAAAUUAAUGUAAAUAUUCAUGUAUAAUACAAAAUCGUUUAUAACUUAAUAUACCAAAGUUAUAAUAAUAAUACAUUUCGAAGUUUGAUAACACAGCUGAUAACAUUAAUGUUUGAAACCGUAGAUACAAUAUUAUAACAAUAUUAAUGGUAACAUCCUCGUGUAACUAUUCUAUGAUGUAACCACAUGUGACCAUGACUCCUAAUCCCAAUUCGGUCGAAGUUUUGCAUUUAUAUUACAUUGAUUAAAUAAACGAUAUCAAAAAUCUAUAACUGAUUACCCGAUAUUAUAAUCAUGGAACAAUUUAAAAUAUACAUUAUUAGCUCGAAAAAAUAUUAAUCAUGUCAUCAGAAAACUCGGGAGGAGGGGUGAGGGCAAAUAAACCUAUUCCCUCUCACGCAGGUACGCCACUUUUCCUACCUGUUAAAAGCACGUUAUUCCACAUUUGCUAUUUCCGCCUUAUCCCGAAAUAGAACAUUUUUGUUCAACGGGGAAAAUUCUGUGAUGUUAUGUUUAAUAUUAGAAUGAAUUGACUUAAUAUCCAACUUAAACAUAUGAAAAUUAUUUGUGUCGUAUCGUCGUGUUUUUACGUAAUUUAAAUUUUUUAGCGAACUAUAAGCAUUUAUAAACUGUGAUAUUUCACACACUCAUAUCUUGCUUAAAUAUUAAAAUUACGCAAAAAAAAACGACGACAUAAUAUAAAAAAUAUUCUUAUAUUUAAGUUCGAUGAUAGGUCAAUUCACUUUAAUAUUUAUAGCACAUUUAUACAAUAUAGCACAGAAUUAUCCCUGCUGAACAAAAAUUUACCAUGUCACGUGAUUGUUAGACGGAGACAGUGCAUGCGAUUUAUAACGUCCGCUUAAAUAAGAUCGGUGUUUCCAAACCGACGGAUUUAUCAUAGACGGUUUGCCAUACCAAAUUUAAAUCGAAAACAAAAGUCCCUGGAAUCGAGGCAGUGAAGGCUAUUCUUAAUAAAAUAUGUGUUCUCGAAGAUACCCAUUUAUGAAGACCCGCCCACCUACUUUCGUCCAUCGUAAAAGAAUAUAAUAUACAACGUAUAUUUUGAAGAACAUUAUACAAUUUAAAAAACUGAAAAAAAAAUCAACUUCCAUGUUAUAAAUUUAAUUAGAUACCGCUUAAAUAUAUUACUUACCCUCCGACCAAAUGGUCUGUAUUGAAUUCUCUUAAGCAACCAUUAGGAUAACUGCCACUGAAAAAAAUGAUUAGAUAUAUCAAGUUAUCCGAACAUAAUAUAAUAUAUGUAAAAGUUAGGAAACACUGAAUUGGAUUGUGUACAAUAUAGCAGAGUACAAUGACACCUACCUCCAGCGUGCCAUUCCGUUCCCUUUUCUUUACAGAGGCGACGGCGUACGUAUUUGAAAAAUAAUUAAUUUCGCAACUCUGUGUUUUUAUCGAUAGUGCAGGGGUAGAGGGACAAUAUACAAUUCUUUAUGACUACCAUCGUUGUUAAUUGUAUAAUAUUAUAUUGUAGUUUUAUACUAUACACGGACUUAGUGUCGUAUAUUAUUAUAUUUUUAUUGGUUUUGCACUACGAGCAUUUUUUUUUUCUAUCUAUAAACAAGUUUUCGACUGCAGUGUAGGUGUUGUAUUACUCUGAAAUCAAAAACUUCAUAGGAGCUUUCAAUGGAUCAACUUCCAUGUAUCAUUUAUAAGGCCUGAUUUAAAGAAAUAAAAACCUUGUGCGUUAUUGACUUUGAGGCCUCCCAGUGUGAAAAAUUCAGUGCAUGAGAUGUCCUAUGAACGUUUUUCGUGCGAUGUGAGAUUAACAUUAAAACCUAGUAACGUUAUAGAGACUUUUUUCAACAUUUGUUUUAAUUAAGCCAAAAUGUUUGCAAAUCUACCACGAGGAUAAGUUUUGUAUAAUAGUAACAAAAGUCCAGUACGCAGUUUUUUAAGCUUUUUUAAGUUUUUCAAAACAUGUUUAACAUUUAACCGUACUUCACUCAGAAUCGUAUUUUGUCAGCAACGAUUUAUCCGCAACAACUUAAUGUGUUUUACUUUCUCGUAUUCUCACCUAUAACAAUGGUACAAUCCAUUAGUAGUUGGUAUUUCAGCUUAUCUUAUUUUCGACUACAACGUAUAGUAUAUAGGUACCAGCAGAAAAACGUAGUUAUUACUUUUACGGCUUUAUAGAUGCUAUAAACAACAAUUAUAUUGUUAAAUUUUUGUCUGGAAUUCGGAUUAAAGCUUUGUUAUACGGUUCAAAUUUAAUCCUUUACGUCUCGCUUCAAACGACGAAUAAAUAACUCCGUACAAUGUGUAUGUUUUUAUCACGACAACACUAUAAUCUUAAUAUAAUACCAACGAUUUAAACAAGUAGUAUAACGUUAAACUUUAAGGUUUUUAAAAUGUGAAACGCUCUUUGAAUUCUGAAUACUGCUGCAGUUUAUUCUGUAAUAAUGUAUAAUACCUAAUCCAGAUUAUUUCUGACAAUCGGGAUUACGUCUUGGGUUUUCAGUUUGGAUCGACUUAUCAAUAUUAUAUAGAUAUAUUAUAUCAUCGUCCAAAUACGAGUUGAUGACCAAUACUAAUACCGAAAUAUAGUACCUACCUAUAGGUACGUAAUUUUAUUAUUAAGGUUUACAAAUCACCUCUUCUCCGACCUACCACUAUGCGUCUAUUAUAUACUGAGUGAUUAUUUUGUCAUAAACCAGUGAUCGUAAUAUCUGCGAAGAUACAGAAUAAAUUUCAAUUUUGAUUAUUGAUUUGUAGUCAUCACAGAAUUGAACCACUGUCCAGUAUAUCGUCUAAUCAUCUUAUUUACACUAUUUUCAUUUUAAUCUAGUUGAUUACUGAGAAAGUCGUUUUUUUGAUUUUCUUUGUAGUUUUUUUUAAUAGUUUAUCAAAACUGAAAAAUAUGAAAAAAUAAUUAUUUUAUUAUUUUAAUGUGAUUCAGUUAAAAAUAUUCCUAGAGACUUGCCAUUUUGACGGAAAACAUAUAUUUGUUUUUUCUAGACGUGGUAAAAUUUCCAAAAAAAAUUUGAAAAAUAGACAUUUUAAUUUUAUGAAUUUUUCUAAGGGUUACGUUAAGUCAAUCAUUGCAUGGAACGCUACUUAUUUUUAUGUCUCAUAGUCUCCAUUCUUUAUUUUUCCAAGUCAAGCACCGGUUCCGUAUAUGAUGUCACCACAUUGUCUCGGAAAAACCCGAAAUCAAAUUUAGUAGGUAUCCAAGGUUUUUCAUAAUAACAGUAUAAACGACACAACCCGGUGUGUAGCGUUUUGGGUGUUUGAACACCCCCCCUUACCAUCCGUGUUUGAGUAUUAUAAUUAAUAAGUGUAUUAAACUCCUCUCGUUCUUCGAAUCAAAUCCAUCCUGUUUCAACUUUGUCGAAAAAUUCCAUCCUUCAGUUCCUCCGGGUUCCUAGCCACGAUAACGAGAUAGCUGAUAGCUUGGUUAAAUUCUCCACGAGCUUAAUAAGCCCUUUCCUUUCUUUGAUUCCCUGGUCAGAUCUCACAACUAUCCUUCGACGUUAUGUUCUUACAUUCUGGUCUACUCAUUGGAACAGAUUACCAGCAAACUUUGCCUCAAAGUUCAAAUCUAUAGUCCCUGUCAUUCUAAAUAAUAUUUGGUUCAAGGAUCUCAUCCUUCACCUGUAAAGAUUACAAAUAAUCAAAUUUAAUCGAUUAUGCGUGAGCCAUCAUCUCCUUUCCUCCUAUUCUUAUAAUCUCAAUCUCAACGAUUCCUUUCUUCCGAUCUCCUUUCUGCACAUUCCGGUUAGAUAAAAGCAUCUGCGAAUCACGCCAUAUUCUUUUCAAUUAUCCAUCUUUAACUGCCCGACGCCUUAUUCUGUUCGAUUCUCUCAAGUUCCUUAACAUCUCUUUUAACGUCUCCGACAUUCUAAAAUCAAAUUCCAAGUCUAUUAUUCUGCGGUUGGCUUUCUUAUUUAAAAGUUUAUAAUUGUUUAUUUCUGGUACCGCAUUGUUUUUGUCUGUAUCUGAACUCUUAUGUAAUUAAUCGUCGAGCUUUCUAGUUUUUCUAUAAAAGCUCUAAUAAAAAGAAAAACGUUUUUUUACCAAUUGAAGACAAUGUGACACCCCCAACCCCACUCAAAAAAUCCUGGUUGCGCCACUGAACCGCUGGUCACAAUAAAAAAAAUCACCCUGUAUAAUAUUAAUGUAAUAUUAUUAUUGUGUGCACUCACAAUGUGGAACGUCGUAUUAUUAUUACCAAUUUGUAUGUGCGUACGUAUGUUGCUUAUAGAUCGUACCGGGGCAUGUCGGAAUGGCUGUCGUGGAUCACGUACGCGAUGCAAAGCCGGUACGCCGGAGCGUACCUGACGGCCCAGGCGUUCGACGGCCGCCGGCAGUACGUGGGAUUGCCGCAGAACGCCGAGCAAAACUGCACCAUACCGGCGGCCGACACGUUCAUGUGCCGGUAUCCGGACGGCGAUUCGUACGUGAACGAGCGGUACCCGGCCGCGGUGGCCGACCCACAGAUCAACCUGGUGGCCAGCUUCGUGUUCCCCGUCGCCGCCAUGGUGUUCAACGUGUUGCUGUACGUGGCCCCGUUGCCCGCUUACAUCAAGGCCAAGUUCAGAGAGUGA